UGACGAUAUGGACUUAGAAAAUAUCUUUAUUUUAGGAAUUUUGCUUUCUGCCUGCGUAAUUAUAAUUACAGUUAGUUUGUUUCUAGCAUCUUUAAUUACCCAAUCAGCAUUUAAACCAUAUUACGAAUUAUGCAAAAUUAUUAGCUCUUCUCAUACUUUUGAGGAUCAAGUAAAGCUUUAUCAUCUUUUAUCAAUAAUUAAUAAUGAAACUGUGGGUUUGAAUUGGAUGGGAAUUUUCAUUAUUAGUAAGGGGUCAAUUUUAAAGGUAAUAGGAUUUUUGAUAUCAAUUUAUAUAUUUCUUCUUCAGUGGAAACAACUGAUAUCAAAUAACAAACAAUGUAAUGAAAACUGUACUGAAACUUGUGGUUAA